AUGGAUGUACUCACAUGGUUAAGACGACAUCGACUCGUCUUCGGCACCGACAUCGUUAAGAUGUUUCGACAAAUCAACGUACACCAUGACGAUUGGAAUCUUCAACGCAUUCUUUGGAUAGACGAAAAUCAACAACUUGUGACAUAUCAACUAACAACGGUCACAUAUGGACAGAAAUGCUCUCCAUGGCUCUCUUUGAGAGUUCUUCAACAACUCGUCAACGAUGAAGGUCAACGAUUCCCUGCAGCAGUGCUACCGCUAACUAAAGGCCGUUAUGUCGACGACAUUUACGGUGGAGCAGACUCUGAGGGAGAAUUCAAAGAAAUGAUAAUUCAACUUCAACAGAUCUGCCAGGCGGGCGGAUUUCCACUUCAAAAGUGGACCAGUAAUCGCCCAGAGAUACUCCAACAGCUCAACUUGUCAACGGGACCGGCAGGUACAGUGCAAUUCGAGGAAGCAGUCAUCAAAACGCUCGGAUUGUGCUGGCAUCCAGCAACAGAUUUAUUUCAAUAUAAAUCUAGAACAUUCAACUCAACGAGCUUCACCAAGAGGGUACUGCUAUCGGAAAUAGCUCAAAUUUUCGAUCCUCUUGGAUUCAUCGCACCAGUCAUUGUUCGAGGAAAAAUACUCAUCCAAGAACUAUGGCUGCUCAAACUCGCUUGGGAUGAUCAACUUCCACUCGACUAUGUUCGAAGGUGGAAAGAGUUCAGGGAGGAACUCACGCAACUAAAUCAACUGUCCAUCCCAAGAUGGCUAAAUCUAUCUCCAACGACUACCAACGUACAAAUACAUGGAUUUGCCGACGCAUCAACAGCUGCCAUGGGAGCAGUCGUUUAUCUACGAGUUCAACGAGACAACGAAACACCAACAAUCAGCUUGGUGUGUGCAAAAACAAGAGUUGCACCACUGAAAAAGCUGACGAUUCCACGCCUGGAACUAACCGCGGCCCUUCUGCUAACAAAAAUUGUCAGCUGGGCACAACGCACAUUGGAAAUCAACGGAGAGACAUACUUUUGGUCUGAUUCUUCAGUAGCUUUAGCAUGGAUCAACAGCCAUCCAUCGAGAUGGAAGGAAUUCGUUCACAAUAGAGUAACGAAAAUCCAGGAAGAGUUACCAACAGCCGUAUGGAGACAUGUUGGUGGGAUUUACAACCCUGCUGACUGCGCUUCACGUGGCAUUUCCCCGAGUCAACUCAACGAACAUCACCUUUGGUGGAAAGGGCCUGACUGGCUAGCAAAACCGCCGUCAGACUGGCCACAAAAUACAACCAGUGCUCCAACGGAAGUCUCUCUUGAAGAGAGACCAGCAACAGCUCACCCAGUAGCUGCUGAAGCUAGGCAGCAUCCACUGACAGAGUUCCUCAACAGAUAUUCUACUUUAUCAAAAGUAUUACAAGUCACCGCAACGAUGAAUCGAGCCAUCCAACGACUUCGACGACAACCAACGCCCGAUUCAUCAGUAUUAACAACGAUAGAACUCAACGAAGCGAGGACAUUCUGGGUUAAGGUAACACAACACCAAUACUUUGAAUCUGUGUUUCAGAACUUGAACAGAGAUAUUCAACUACCUCGCCAACAUCCACUGGCCAAGCUCACCCCGAGAAUUGAUGAUCAAGGAAUUCUCAGGCUUGGUGGACGACUAAAGAACUCAUUGCUUGAUCCAGACGAGACUCAUCCAAUUAUCUUACCACGACAAUCUCGCCUGACAACGCUCAUCAUCAACGAAGCUCACCAGAAAACACUCCACGGAGGAGUUCAACUCACCAUGGCUUACACCAGACCGAUAACAAAACUUUGCUUGCUACCAACGGACCCAACACCAGCAGACCAACAAGAUGACAACUAG